AUGCCGGUCAAGAGUGAACCAUCCACGCCGCCGCCGAGGAUCGGCAAGAUCGGGCCGUACACCGUGUUCGUGACGCCUCCGGCCACGCCCAGUGCCACCCCCAAACCAGAGUCUCCGGCCUCCCAGCCGCCGGUCCAGCUCCCUCCGGCUCCACGGGUCAUGGCUCCGCCGGCGCAAUUUGAUAAAGAGAAGCCUUCAUCUUUCGCCUUUUUCUGGAACACGGUGGCCAAGGUCCAAAAUGCACAUGCUAGUUUGGAUGAGCAUGUGGCGCAUUGGUUCGGUUUGAACCAGUCGAAAUAUCAAUGGGCAUUGGAUGAUUAUUAUGAGAACAAUGAAAAGAAUCAGGAGACAAAAGUACAAGCUAAACCAAGCAAAAUACAGAAUGUGUAA